UUUAUUUACGCUGCUGUGAUAAACAUUUUCAAAUAUUAAAUGUUAUUAGUAAUUAAUGUCCUGCUUAAAUAGUUAAAUGUAGUGUUAUUAUAAAUGUAGUCAUGUUUAAUAAUCCAGGAAAUCUGUAAAAACCCCACACCAGUCUUCCAGGCAUCAUGAUCCUCCUUUCUAUUUCCAUCUUCUGGCUCUCUGUCUGUGUGGACCCUAUCAGUGCAGAUCCUCACAUUACUGUAGAAGCUCAUGUGGGUUCCACAGCUCUCCUGCCAUGUAGCCUGAGUAAAGACUUCAGCAAAACUCCACAUGUUCGGUGGCGUGCUGAUAAUGAGUUUGUGUUUGAGAGAAACAUUGAUGGUACACAUGUGGGUCCAGGAUAUGAGGGACGUGUGGAUGUUCCUGAGGACAAGCUGCGUAAAGGAAACUGUUCUCUGGUGUUGAAGGACGUCAGAAUCACUGAUCACACUUUCUACAGAUCCUUCAUAGUGGAACAUGUGGAGGCUACAAACACUGACAAAAUACAAGAAAUCAACACAGUUCAACUCAAUGUUUACAGUCAGAGUGUAUCAGCUCAGGUGGGAUCCACAGCAGUGCUGCCAUGUGACUGGAGACAACUGUCCAUCCAAACACCUCAUUUUGAGUGGCGUAUUGGUGAUGAGAUCGUGUUUGAGCGACUGGGUAAAGAGUCAUUUCAGGGUAAAGGAUAUGAGGGACGUGUGGACGUUCCUGAGGAGGAGCUGCUUAAAGGAAACUGUUCCCUGGUGUUGAAGAAUGUCAGUGUUACUGAUGAAACUCUGUACAGCAGCUACAUUUUAAUGACAGACACAAAGAAAUCUGUGUUGGUCCAGAACAUUAAACUCUCAGUCAGUGAAAAAUCUGAAGAUAGGAAAGAUGAUCGAUCAGCUCCCUCAGUAUAGUGACGCAUUUCCAACCCAAAUGUGCUCCACCCACACAGUUCUGGCAUACAUGAUCUGGGAAGUAAAAACACUUUUAAAAAUUUAAAUAUAUAUUUUCUAUGUUUUCCUCUAAGUCUAUUUAGCUUUUGUGAUAUUUACAACUAUUCCCAAAGUGACCAUAUACAUAAUCCAAAUGAUCUGUAACACAAGACAGUCCUGCAGCAAUGAAGAGGCUGACACCAGUUUAAAAGUUCUUGUACUGCACUGCACUGAAAGCUUUGUCUGUUCAUCCCUGUUUAUGGAAUGUCACUCUUCUGGUGAUGUACAGCAAAGAUGCAUCUCUCACAACUGUGAUGGUUAUGAUGAUUCUUAAUGCACUUCAGAUAAACUCUUGCUGGUGCAUCGCAGAUCAGUGCUUUAUCAUGAACUGUGUAGGUCUCCAUGAAUCAUCCCUUGUCUGUGAGAUUUUUACUCUCCAUUAAAAAAGUCAUCAAGAUUUUCCUCAAGAAGUUAUGGUUUAUUGUCCCCACAAUAAAGAGCCACCACAAAUGGCUUGAAGUUGUAAAACUGCCAGUAUUUGUCAGAACUGGACUUUGCUGCUUUUGAAGAGUGGGACACCAUCAAUACUGAUGCUGAGGUUUAUUGAAUCAUGAUCAUGUCUGAAUGAUGUUGUCUGACUUAGUAAGAAACAAAUCUCCUUUUAUAACCCAUAAUAAAUCUAUUGCCCACUACAUUUCGGCUCCGAUCCUACGGCUCCUGGUGCAGCGAAGAGUGUCAUUGCAUCCUUCAGUAGCAGGUGUCCUGCUUUCCUACAUUGCUAAUCAUUCAUUUAAUAAUCUUUGUGUGUUUUAUUUUUGUAGACCACUGACUUGAGUUAUGUUCUUACUCUGGAAAAUCCAACUCAGCAUCAUCAUUUAGAUCGGGAGUGUCAAACUCAGGCCUGUAAUUAUAUUUGGCCCGCAAGGUCAUAUCAAAUGUGUAUGAGAGCUGGCCCACCAGUAUAUCGGGCACAUACUGCUAAUACUACGCGUGGCGCGUCAGUCGAGACCGCUGAAAAACUCCACGAACUCAGCGCUGAAUUUACCCGGUGUUUUACUGACUUUGCAGCCCAGAAAUGCAGGUUUGAACUGCUCAGUAAUCCAUUUGUGGUUGACGUGGAAGCGCACCAACCAACCUCCAAAUGGAGCUGAUUGAACUCCAGUGUAGAGACACGAUCAAGUCAAAGUAC